CCUAUACAUGUUGAGAUUGCAUGUACCGUCGGCAACUUAUUGAUUACUCCCAAGCGAACCCGCUCAUCAAAGUUGCAUCUGUGCGCACAGGCAAGCAUAACACACGAGGCCCAUUUCAGCUCCCGAGGGGGCGGACCAUCCCCAAACCAACAGACACGAAGCACAGGCGACAAGACAAGACAAGCCCCUCUAACCUCGAGCACCGUCUCAUCUUGCCCCCAUAUCCCCCCCCCUUCGCCUGCACGCCCACACAAACUUGCAUUCAUACAUACAUGAGGAUGCGCCCGGGACACGCACACGCUCCUUCAAACAACCACCAGCACAAGAGCAAGAAGCCCUACCAGCCGCCCAUCACCUCUUUCUUCUCCUACAACGACUUGGACAGCGACGAAAGCGAUCUUGACGAGAGGGGUCCUGGCCCGAUUACCCGAGACAACCGUGCCCCUUCGACAACAACAACCGCCACCACAACACCCCAACAUCCCCAGCGCCUCAGUCUUGUUCCUCCUGUGCCAGGCCGUGUGCAAGCAGACUUGCUCAGUGUCGGUAUGAGAGUCAGAAAGAGUGUGCCCGAGGGCUACAAGACGCACAAGACGGCCACUCUGCCAUCUAUCCAAACCACCCUAGCCAUUGCUGGCAACGGACCAACCAUGACACAGACACAGUAUAGUGUGAAGCCACCGCAAGAUCCAGUGCCCGAAGAUUACCAGCACCAACGAGAGCUCUUGCCUUUUUCUGGCCUGCAAAAGAUUGGUGGCUACGCUGAACAGCCUGUGACCAACGUCCAUCUCUAUGGCGACAACUCUGCACCCUCCAAUCGCGCCCUCAACAUCUUCCCCCUCCCAGCCGAAGCGUUCUCCCAGCCUUUCUCCUCGCAAUCCUCCAUGGACUCGUCCGUGUCGUCCUCCUCGUUGCGCCCAAACCCCACCAACCCAUACAAGCGCUCGUGGCAGGACGAGGAUGACAAGUCAAACAAGCUCAACACAGACUUCUUCUUCAAGAUACCAGUCAAGGUCAGCGAGGAUGAGAUCCCCGUGUCUCCGCUCUCCGCGACACCACCCACAGCUAUUCAUGGUUUCCCGCACACUGCCCUGCGCACCUUUGCCCAGCCCAAGAGCCGGAGGCCGGGUGCUGGGCGAGCCAUGGACUUUGAUGGUAUGGUGGUCAAGAACAUGGACAUGGACAUCACCUUGGAGAAUGCCGAUCAAGAAGGCCGUCGUAACGACUUCGACGAUGCCGACUUCCUGAGGCCGUGGGGGCCCAAUACCAAUGAGAUCGAAAUGGACGGUGUUUGAGAGCCCAUCCUUCGACUGACGAAACCAAUUUGCUGGUAAUGACGAUUACAUGAUUUCUGGAGUGGCCCUUUUCCUCUUCUUUUCCUCCCACCUUUCCACUUCAAUUUCCCUUUGUUGGUAUCUCGGUCCCUCAGCGAUCAUAGACUACGGCGUUCCCUGCACCCCGCACACACUCUUCCUUUCCCACCAGACCAGCGUUUUGGCAACAUAAUGGCGGCGGCGUUUUAUCUGCUUGGUGUAUACCCUGCUUUUGCUUACGUCUUCCUUGAGCUUUGCACCCGCCUUAUAAUAGUCCCUCGUCUCUACCUCUUCUUCUCAUUUGUACAUUAGACUUUGCUCCUUCUUACUACGGUUUAAGCCCACCAGGGUGAGCGGUCAGAGCUAUAUACUCUGUGGACAAAAAAAAACAGAACAUGACUUUGCGGAACAGCAUUAAUGUUAUAGCUUUUAUUGAGAAGUACUCUACAUAUCGUGAUCAGACCAGUGGAUCGAUUCGAGGCUUUGCACAACCCACGUCCUGAAUUGUCACCGACUUGGACAACAGUGAAGUUCCCUACCUGUAUUCCUGUAUUGCCUCCUCCUGUGCACGGCUUCGAUCAACUUCAGCUGUCCAAACAGAACAAAAAAGUAUUCUGACACCUCAUUCUCCCGUGAUACCAAAGAGAAGUGAAGCCACAAGCAUGCC